CAAUUCACCUUAGUUCUCACCCCCAAUCAUAAGAACUGAAGCUCAAACAUAUAUACAUUGUCGCAGAAGUUAUCUGAAUUACUUAGCAAUGGCUACUUCCAAAACAGUUGCUGUUCUUAUCCUUUUCUUGGCAGCAUUCCUUCUGAUUGCCUCCGAAGUGGCUGCUAGAGAUCUGGCUGAGAACACUGAUGCCACUGAACAACAAGUCAAGGAAAGUGAAGCUGAAACUGACCAGUACGGAUAUGGAGGUGGGAGAUAUGGUGGUGGAAGAUACGGCGGCGGCGGAAGAUACGGCGGCGGAAGAUACGGCGGAAGAUACGGCGGAAGAUAUGGAGGCGGAGGAGGAGGCCGAUAUGGCGGUGGCUACGGGUGCCGGUACCGCUGCGGAUAUCGCUGCUGCACUGCCGCUGAGAAGGCUGAGUUCGAUGCUCAGGCCGAGACCCAAAACUAGACUUGUUUAAGACCAAGGCAAAGCCAGAGAGAGUACGCAUGAAUGCAUAUAUAUAUAUAUAUACAUAUGUAUGUAUGUAUGUGUCUUGUGGUUUUCUCGACGAGUUUCCUUUCUUAUGGUGAAUAAAUAAUAGUGUGCGAGAGAUAAUGCAUGUAUGUAUGGAUCUGCGGUCAUGAUCUAUCUGGCCACAGCCACUCUCAUGUAUGACUACCUCAUUAUUGUGAAAUUAUACGGCUUUCAAAUUUA